AUACAUUUUUUAUCUACCACGUUUGUUUUGUUUACUAUUUCUCCAUUGAAUCUGAAAUUUUCAAUGAGGUUUAUACAAAAAGUAUUUAAUAUUCUGAAUAAAAGAGCCAAUAAUACACGUUUUAUAAAUACAUUCGCUUCAAUGGCCUGCAGUCGAUAUGAAUACGUUAAAGGAUAUGAAAAAGAUGAUAGUAUUUUACCCAAUGUUUGGAUAGUUGUACGAGUGGAUGGCAAAGGUUUUCACAAAUUUUCCAAAAUUCAUGACUUUGAAAAGCCAAAUGAUGAAAAUGCGUUAAAUCUAAUGAACAAUGCCGCUCAAACAGUAAUGGAAGAAUUUCGUGAUAUUGUUAUCUCCUAUGGACAAAGUGAUGAAUAUUCAUUUGUUUUUCGCAAAGAAACGAAUGUAUUUAAUAGAAGAUUAUCAAAAUUAUUAUCAUACGUAACUAGUCUAUUUACCUCCUCAUACGUUUUGAAUUGGUCUAACUGGAUGGGCGAGAAGAAAUUACAAUAUCCACCCUGCUUCGAUGGCCGCGUUGUUUUGUAUCCAUCUGAUCAAAAUCUAAGAGAUUAUUUAAGUUGGCGUCAAGCCGAUGUACACAUCAAUAAUUUGUACAAUACCGCAUUUUGGAAUUUAGUCCUUAAGAGUGGUCUUACUAAUCAAGAGGCUGAAGCCGAAUUACGCGGCACAUUUUCGGCUGAUAAAAAUGAAAUUCUAUUUACGAAAUUUGGUAUAAAUUAUAAUACCCUACCGGCAAUGUUUAGAAAAGGUACUAUAUUGUUAAGAAAAAAGGUUACAUUUGGGGAAAACUUAUCGAAUAAGAGACAAUUAAUUGUGCCCAUACAUGAAGAUAUGAUUAGGGAUAAAUUUUGGAAACAACACACCGAAUUAUUGGGCAAAUAUGUGCCGGGAGAAUAUGAGAGUAUAAAGGAUGUUUUAGAUUAUCCAGAAUUAAUAACGAGACAAAUAGAAAUGUUGUCGUUGAAAGAUAGUUGAUACCUUUUUUGUUUGUAAAGUGUAAUAAAUUUAGGUACAAAGUCUUGUAGUAAAUGAGAGAUAUGUUUGUACCUAUUUAGGUAUUUUCCGUACGAUUUUAUAAAAAUAAAUAAUGUAUCUAUUGACAAAA